AUGGAGGGCAACGAAAAUGUACCAUAUCUCGAGUCUCACAAAUCGAACUCCAAUGAGGACCGUACGGAUGAAGCUUCGGGCCGUUUUGGUCAAUUUGGUGGUCAAUAUGUUCCGGAAGCAUUGAAAGAGUCCUUGAUCAAACUUGAAGAAGCAUUCGUGCAAGCCAAAGAGGACCCGGAUUUUUGGAAGGAAUGGAGGGCUUUCUCCGCGUACGUGGGCCGACCUUCACCGCUUCAUCACGCCCGUAGACUCAGUCAACAAGUGGGCGGUGCACAAAUAUACCUCAAACGGGAAGAUCUCACCCAUACGGGGAGUUCGGCCAUCAACAAUGCCAUUGGUCAGGCCUUGUUGGCUAGAAGGCUAGGGAAACGGCGCUUGAUCACGCAGACGGGAUCCGGACAGCAUGGUGUUGCUAUGGCUGCUGUGUGUUCAAAGCUCGCUCUUGAUUGUACUGUCUACAUGGGUGUUACAGAUGCACGACGACAAAUAGUCAAUGUGGUCGACAUGAAAAUACUGGGCGCAGAAGUUGUGGUAGUCGGCAGAUGUGCUGGUACGCUGCGUGAUGCGAUGAAUGAAGCUCUAAGAGCUAGCAUCCACGACCUGGAUAGGUCCUUCUACGCAACGGGAUCCAGCAUUGGACCUCAUCCAUAUCCAAUCAUGGUGCGCACGUUCCAGAGCGUGAUUGGGCAGGAGACCAAGGAUCAAAUGAAGAACCUCACUGGUCACUUACCUUGUGCAGUGGUCGCUUGUGCCGGAGCAUCUAACUCUGUUGGCAUGUUCUUUCCGUUUAGGUCGGAUUCCGACGUGAAUCUCGUCGGCAUUGAAGCUGCUGGCAAUGGCAUCGACACGAGGAGACACUCUGCAGCCUUGACCCGGGGUGCGGUCGGCAUCUACCACGGUGCAAUGACAUACCUCAUGCAGGAUGACCAUGGGCAAAUCAACACUUCGUCUUCGAUCGCGGCAGGGCUUAACUGUCCGGCAGUGGGACCGGAAUUGGCGUACUAG